AUGCCCUCGGCCUGGCAAAUUGCUCCCGCGGAACCCGAAGACUGGCGAACCACCGAUGGCAUCGAGAAUUUGCGUCUGGUCCAGGAUCUUCCCAAGCCACGACCAGAGCCAGGCACAGCUCUAGUCCGGAUCAAGGCGGCGGCGCUCAAUGCGCGAGAUAUGAUGGUGGUUGCACAUGAUCCCAUCUACCCCAUCAAAACGCAACCGUACCUAGUUCCUUGUGCUGAUGGUGCCGGAGUCGUGGAGGAGGUUGGACCCGGAAGCACUUGGAAGCCUGGAGAUCGCGUCCUGCUCACUGCCAUGCGCUGGAUUGAUGGGGAUGUUCCCACAUUGAUUGAGUCCCAGGGCCUCGGGGCAGGCGCCAUUCAGGGCACACUGCAAGAGUACUCGGUCGUGGCUGACAAUCGAUUGAUUCGGGCUCCGGCACAUCUCACGUUUGCAGAAAUGGCAGCCUUACCUGCGGCAGCCGGCACAGCGACCAACGCGCUUUUCUACGGACCCCAGCCCUUUCGCCCAGGCAUGACGGUCCUGACACAAGGGACAGGUGGAGUCAGCGCAUGUGCCAUCCAGAUUGCUGCCGCCGCCGGCGCCACGGUGGUUGCCACGUCUUCAUCGGACGAGAAACUGAAGACCGCAAAGGCCCUGGGCGCCACGCAUCUGAUCAACUACACCAAACACCCCGUGUGGUCAGAGGAGGUUCUCCGUGUUACUGGUGGCAAGGGUGUCGACCAUGUUCUAGAUGUGGCUGGCGCCGGGACAAUCGAGCAGUCCCUCCUGGCAGCCAAACACGGCGGACUCGUGUCUGUGAUUGGUUUCUUAUCCGACAGUCAGCCUACCGAUAUCAUCCCUCCAUUGCUGUUUGGUGCAAAGACCAUGCGCGCCAUCUUCCAGGUUCGGAACGACAUGGCGCAGAAAAUGGCUCAGCUCUACGAAGAGCACCAGCUCCGGCCACCCGUGGCCGCCGUGUACAAGUGGGAGGAGGCCAGGGAAGCAUUCAAGGCCCUCCAUGCCCAUUCGGCAAUUGGGAAGAUUGUGGUAGAGGUUGGCCCGUCAUAG